ACGGGAUUCAAACCCAUUUAUCCCGGGGUGCUACUACCAACUGAGCUACGAAGCCAAAUGUUGUCAGUGAGUUGUUCGUUUCCGUAGAGGAAUCUGAUCAAUACCUUAGAUAAAUAAAUCAACCAACAUUCUUUCUUGACAAACAGUUCCGCUUUUGUCGGUCUCGCCAUACAGUGAGGUCUUUGCGCGAGAUGUUCAACCUUUGUCUUAACAAACUUUCCCGUUAUUAAGCGCACCGCAAGUAAUCGGUCGCCUUUUGAUUUCCUCGACCACUAAAGAGCGGUGUGAAUGUCCUUUCAUUUCAAAUAUCUGUUAUUACCGCUUUUGACAUGUGACAAUGUAUACGAUUUGUUUGUUUGUCGCACCGCUUUGUUGUUUUGUAACAAUGACAUCAGAGCAUAAAUAGGGCCAGUAGUUGCUGUGGAUCUUUAGUCAGUGCUUGAUGCUAUUACUGUAACAUGUCUAACAUCUCUGUCAGCUCAGCUUUUAUGGAGAGCCGUGUUUUUACUUCAGCAGUUUCUCUCGAGAAGCCUGCGCAUUCAAGAAAAUCACGAAAACCUUUAACCAGUCCUCCAAUCCAUGUGUCGUCUUUAGUGCCAGUAUCCUCGCGGCCAAUGACUGAUUUCUCCAUCAGCAGAAUCCUGGGUCUGGAAAGCAACGAAACAGAACAGAAGACAACAUCUGCAGCUUUGACUGUGUACAACCGCAACUCCAGUCAAUCGUUGAGACCUGAACGCAACUGUAGCAACAGUAGCCCACAAUCAUCUUCUUCCGAUUAUGCCAACUCCACCAGCGAUUGUGACAGCGAACCCGAUCGAUUCCCGACGUAUUCUGAAAAGAGGACGAAAAAGAAACGACAGCGUACGACUUUCUCGAUGUUUGAAGUAUGGGAACUGGAACGAGCUUACAUGAAGCGGCCAUAUUUGAUGCCGGAGGAUGAAGAAGACCUGGAAAAGAGGCUUGGGAUCACAGCCAGGAGUCUGAGGUAUUGGUUUCAAAACCGACGAGCCAAGUCACGAAGAGACGGGAAAAUGAUAGCGUCAGACUUUCAGAAAAACCCGUCAAACCAGUUUGAAAAGCCACCACAGACCUUGACCCAGUCCCCUUUAAAUUGCUGGAGGCAGGCUGACCGUCUUUCUUAUCCAGGGACGGGAAACUUCAUAGGGAAACUGAAUGCAUACAACCGACCAAUCAGAACUGGCAAUGGACAGCCGUCAGUCAGGACAGACCAUUUAUCUAAGCGUUCGUCGUUUUUCGUGCCCAUGUUCCACCCAGACCAGUUCCGAAGAAGACAUGUUGCACUAAUUAGACCAGCGGACAGCCGUGGUUCCAAAAGAUACCAGCCGUAUUGAGGUCUAUUUAUUGGUGUUAAUAUUUCCUUAAAGUUGAAUUUGUAAAAAAUUGCUGUUACGGUGUAGUGUGAGACAAAUCCCGUGCAAGAUUUCGGUUGUAUUUCCUACAAUUAAUC